CUCUUUAACUAAGUGGGUUAUUACUCAAAGAUGUAAUUCUUUUUGGUCAGAGGUGUUACCCUCUUGCUGCUGCCUUUUAAAAUGUAGAGAAGCCUGGCCAUUUGUAGUUCUUUUGUUUGCUGAAUAAAGUAUUUUGCUUUCAAAAAAAAAAAAAAAAAAUUCAUUUAUUUAAAAAAUAUGUAUUGAAAUAAAUUUUUUUUUUUGGGUGCAAAUAAGCUUUUUCUUUUUUCCUCAGCUCCGGUUCGUACUUUAACCAUUCUGCGCACCCAAGUCCGUCAUCUCAUUCGAUCAAUUGAACCCCAAAACUCAUCUCUUCUCUAUCUCUCCUAGUUUUUCUCCCUACGAUUCAAAAACCCUAAGGAGCUUCUCUGUGAUCCAUCCAUGGCGGACGAAGCCGCGACAUCGCAUCAGCCGUCGUCGUCGCCUUUAGGAAACUCCGUGAUCCCUAUAGUGAACAAGCUUCAGGAUAUCUUCGCUCAGCUUGGGAGCCAAUCCAGCAUCCAGCUCCCCCAGGUUGCUGUUGUCGGAAGCCAAAGUAGUGGAAAGUCGAGCGUUCUCGAGGCUCUUGUUGGCCGGGACUUUCUUCCCAGGGGGUCUGAUAUAUGUACGCGCCGACCUCUCGUGCUUCAGCUUCUGCAGACAAAGAAGAAUGCUGAUGGAACCGAUGACGAGUAUGGGGAGUUCCUUCACUUGCCUGGGAGACGUUUUCACGAUUUCUCUGAAAUUCGGAGGGAAAUUCAGGCUGAGACAGAUAGGGAAGCAGGAGGAAACAAAGGUGUAUCAGACAAACAGAUUCGCCUGAAAAUAUUUUCGCCGAAUGUUCUUGAUAUUACACUGGUGGAUCUGCCUGGUAUAACAAAGGUUCCUGUUGGUGACCAGCCGACUGACAUUGAAGCACGAAUCAGAACAAUGAUUAUGUCUUAUAUCAAAAUUGAUACCUGUUUAAUUUUAGCUGUGACACCUGCGAAUUCAGAUUUGGCAAAUUCAGAUGCUCUUCAGGUUGCUGGAAUGGCUGACCCUGAUGGUUUGAGAACCAUAGGAGUAAUCACAAAGUUGGACAUCAUGGACAGAGGUACUGAUGCCAGGAAUCUGUUGCUGGGAAAAGUGAUACCCCUAAAACUUGGUUAUGUAGGGGUUGUGAAUCGCAGUCAGGAGGAUAUUUUGCUUAACAGGAGUAUUAAGGAUGCACUUGUAGCUGAAGAAAAGUUUUUCCGCAGCCGUCCUGUAUAUAAUGGUCUAGCUGAUCGUUGUGGUGUCCCUCAGUUGGCAAAGAAGUUGAACCAGAUCCUAGUGCAACAUAUUAAGAAAGUACUCCCUGAACUCAAGUCACGCAUCAGCUCUGCGCUGGUUGCAGUUGCCAAAGAACAUGCCAGCUAUGGAGAAAUCACAGAAUCUAGAGCUGGUCAGGGAGCUCUUCUCCUGAACAUUCUUUCAAAGUAUUCUGAAGCAUUUUCUUCAAUGGUGGAAGGUAAAAAUGAGGAAAUGUCAACAUCUGAGCUGUCAGGUGGAGCAAGAAUUCAUUAUAUUUUUCAGUCAAUAUUUGUUAGAAGUUUAGAGGAGGUGGAUCCAUGUGAGGAUUUGACUGAUGAUGACAUUCGGACUGCCAUUCAAAAUGCAACUGGCCCCAAAUCUGCAUUGUUUGUACCAGAAGUUCCUUUUGAAGUACUGAUUAGGAGGCAAAUUGCUCGUUUAUUAGAUCCAAGCCUUCAGUGUGCCAGGUUCAUAUUUGAUGAGUUGAUGAAGAUUAGUCAUCGUUGCUUAGUAAAUGAGUUGCAACGAUUCCCUAUUUUGAGAAAGCACAUGGAUGAAGUUAUAGGUAACUUUUUGCGAGAAGGCCUAGAGCCUUCAGAGUCAAUGAUUGGACACAUAAUUGAGAUGGAGAUGGACUACAUAAAUACUUCACAUCCAAACUUUAUUGGUGGGAGUAAGGCCGUUGAGGUUGCCUCACAACAAGUCAAGUCCUCUCGGGUAACACUGCCUGUUGGUAGGCCGAAGGAUGGUGUGGAACCUGAUAAGGCACCGGCAUCUGAAAGAACUCUGAAAUCUCGAGCAAUUCUUGCCAGACAAGCAAACGGGAUUGUGUCUGAUCAGGGUGUUCGACCAGCACCUGAUAGUGAAAAAGUUGCAGCCGGAAAUGCUAGCAGUUCAACUUGGGGUAUUUCAUCCAUUUUUGGUGGAGGUGAAAGCCGUAGUGCACUUGUUAGAGAGAACACAACAAAUAAACCAUUCAAUGAGCCUAUUCACAACAUUGAGCAAGCUGUAUCAAUGAUCCACCUGAGAGAGCCCCCAACCGUCUUGAGGCCUUCAGAAACCCAUUCUGAGCAGGAGAGUAUAGAAAUAACAGUCACGAAACUGCUGUUGAGGUCGUACUAUGACAUCGUUAGGAAGAAUGUUGAAGACUUUGUACCUAAAGCAAUCAUGCAUUUCCUGGUAAACCAUACAAAGCGUGAGCUGCACAAUGUCUUCAUUAGGAAGCUUUACAGAGAGAAUCUGUUUGAAGAGAUGUUGCGAGAACCUGAUGAAGUAGCAUCGAAGAGAAAGCGCACUAGGGAUACACUCCGGGCUCUUCAGCAAGCAUUUCGGACAUUGGAUGAGUUGCCUUUGGAAGCGGAAACAGUUGAGAAGGGUUACAGCUUGGGUGGUGGUGAUACAACAGGGUUGCCAAGGAGUGCACUGCCCACCUCAUCAAUGUUUUCUGCUGCUAGCAGUUCUAAUGAUUCUUAUACAGCAUCUCCGAAACACACAAAGUCUAGAAAAUCAUCACACUCUGGGGAGCUUCACUCUCCCUUUUAUGGUGUUGCAGAUUCUAACGGUGGUGGACACUCUACCAUGCAAGGUCUCUACCCAACUGUUGAGCCAUGAUUGUUUAGUUGGAACUAGAAGCUUACAUGGAAAUCAUUAUGCAUUACAUUUAUUCAAUUGCUGUUUGCAGCUUAGAAGGCAAUUGGGGUCCCGCCAUUCCCAGUGUUUUGUUGGGGUAUUCAAAUUUUCUUCCAACUAGAUUUGUGCGACCCAUUUAUUUGGGUGGUUUAUUUUUUGAUCCUUUCCUUUUUCUUUACGUUAUUAUUAUUAUUUUCAUAUAAUAUAGGCUGAUUUAUAUUUUUCACUAGGCUCCGAGAAGAAUAACAGAGCCGAUAAUCCCCUUCCCAAUUGCGCUUUUUUUUUUACCUCUUCCAAUUGGGCAUCUCAAAAAUCUUUUCGGAUAUAUUUUCUUCACAUUUUUUUUGGGGUCGCCCCUCGAUUGUGGAGGGGUCUCCAGGGAUGGUGCUUGGGCUUUGCCAUAAUGCAGGUUGCAAAGUACACAAGUGUAUCUUUAUUGAUUAUAUUCAGCAGCGAAGUGUUAUCUUCAAAAUGCACCUUGUGUGAUAACGGACUUUACGGUUGAUAAAACAACCACGAAGGCCAUAUUGGUGGUGAGUUAGUUGUUUUAUUUCAUUCUGAAAGGUCCGUUGUUUUUCGGAUUUGCUUGUUACAUUAUUUAUGAAUUUACAACUUCAUUUAGAUUGUGUUGUGUUUGGAAAGUUUCCCUAUAAUUGAAAUUGGAGUAACAUUGGAAGUGAGUAUA